AAUCAUAUGAAUUUCCAUCAAUCUCUUGACAUCUUCUAUCUCUCUCUCCCUCCCUCUAAAACAGAUAAAGUAACACAGUUACAACUUAUAAUUGAAGGAAUGAGUAGAAAUUGCAAUCUAAAACUUCGCCAUGUAGCUUCUGCUUCUUCCAAUUCUACAGAUUACAACCAUCCCAAGUUUGAAAUGAGUGGGAAUUCAAAUGAGAAGAAUCAAACGCUAACCAUUUUUUACAAUGGAAGAAUGACUGCCGCUGACGUUACAGAGGUUCAGGCUAGAGCUAUAAUAUCACUUGCAAGUCGAGAAACAGAGAAGAAGUCUAACGCGAACAAGCCGCCCAGUUCUGGGCCGUCAUCCCUACUAUCACACAUUUAUAAUCCUACGGGUACUUCCAUGAAGAGAUCAUUGCAACAGUUCCUCCAGAAGAGAAAGACAAGGGCAAGAAAAGCAUUUCCCUAUCAUCACUAGCAAUUUCAAUGAAAGAUUUCAAUAAUUUGGACGAUUUAUUUAUUCCAUACGAAGGGAAGUAAGGAGUUAUUGAGUUCGCUGCACAUGGAAAUUGCUAUUUAUGUAACUUAUUCACAUUUUGUUUAUUUUUUCAUGUUGUGAGAAUUUAAGAGAAAAUAUAUAUAUAU